AUGCACCGGAACUGCUUCAAAGAUAAGCGGAGAAGCUAUAUGAACACUUUACGAGACAUCAAAGAUGGGUCCUCGCCUCUGCGAUCGCCAGGUUACGGCACAUACGGUCCUCAAUUGGCGUUAUCUGCUGACGGUGACACACUGAGCGUUCAUUCACGGAGCUCUUUGAGAGUAACGUCAAAACGGCAACCUGAUCAUACGAUACCACCAUUCGCUGGAUAUCAUUCCCUGGACCGCAAAUCUCACUUGUCCGAGUACUAUCGUGAAUCAUCACCUAAUCGGCUGGGAGUCUUCGAUCGCACGUCAAUGGCAGCACUACUCAGUCCACGUCGAAUACCACAACCACCACCGGAUAGUAUGCAACGCCAUAGCAUAAACGGUGCUGAUGUCCUCGGUUCACAGAACUCUCUCGCCAGUGCUGCCUGUAACUCGCUGAACGAAAGAUACGAGGCCGACAUUCGUAAGAUGGCUCGAGAUUUGGAGGGGUAUCGUCACACAAUCAGCAAGUUGACUCGAAAACAAGAAGACUACUCGCAUGUCAUGGAGAUGUUCCAGAGCAAGUUGUCACAGUUGAGCAAGCAAAUCGAUAAAUCACUGUUGAAGGAAGGAGCCGGUGAGCUUCUUCGCCAGCCAUCAAUGGAAUCUGUGGCCUCCCUUGCCAGUCACAGAUCCUCGAUGUCAUCGUCGAAUUCGUUCGUCGUUGACCAAGGCGUUUUCAAAAAAGAAGAGCAAAAACGGUGUAAUGUCCGAUACGGAGAGUUCACCAAAUCAUGCGCUCGAUACAAUAAGUGGAUCUUCAUCGAGAGGGUAAUGAGACUUCUGACAUUUCAAACUGACAAGCACUCCAUAUGUAGGUUAGAAGAAGUCGAAGUGGAUGAGCUGAAGAAAAAGUUGGAAGAUCGUGAUGUGGCGCUGACGGACAUCCGAUUGGACGCCCUGGACAAGGCCCGAGAAGUGGAUAUCCUGAGGGAGACAGUGAACCGACUGAAGCAUGAGAAUAAGCAAUUGAAGAGCGAUAUGUCGCGCUUACUGGCUGGCCGCGGUUCAAGAGCAUCGUCUCAAGCCUCUAUCCCGAUGCUUGGUGACGACGAUCCCGUCUAUGAAGCGCCACCGAGCAGCUCCAGUGGUAGCUAUUCGAGCAAAAGAUCAUCGGGCUGCAAUUCGGUGAAGGUGACGGUGAAUGUCGAUUUGCGAGGCAUGAUCAGUAACGCUAUUUGUCCUGACAAUGAGAUUAUCAUCGGCUUCCUGGCAAUUCCUGGUAAAGAAGUUCCCUGGGAGGAACUCGACCAACAAAUUUUCUCGCUUUUUGAGGCCUAUAUCGCCCGAAUAGAUCCAGAUCAUCACCUUGGACUGCAUUGCUCUGAAAGUGUAAUUGGCUAUCAGAUGGGGGAGGUGGUUCGCGAGAAGGGUGGUAGCCCACCGGAACAAGUGCCUGGAGACGUUUUAGCCCCGACGACCACCGUAAGGAUGUUCCUUAGGGGUGCUGCUCAACACGCUGUGGAUUCUCUUGUACUUGAAUGCCUAUUUCCUCGAACAAUGCUCGAACAAUUGCUCAAAUUCUUGCUGUCACAUAGGCGUUUGGUGCUUUCUGGAGCCACCGGCAUAGGCAAAAGUAACCUCGCUCGCCAACUCGCUUCUUAUCUCUCCAUCAGAGUCGGUCUCGAUCGCAAUGGGGUUGUCGAUGUGCGGAUACCCGAAGAUACCAGUGACAAAGAGAUUAUCAAAGUGGAGAAACAGCUAGAAAGUCUCCUGAGAUCAACUGAUCCGUCGGUGGUUCUUAUCGACAACAUUCCUCGCCAUCGUAUCGCAUUCGUGUCAUCAGUCUUCUCAUCCGUGGAUCUUAGUCAUGAC